AUGGCAGCCACUACGACGGUCGAGGUCCCCCACCUGGGCGGCAUCAAGGCGGGCUACCGGCUCUCCAAUGGCGCAGUCGACCCUACGAAGCCGACUGUAGUGCUCAUCAACUCCAUGUGCACCACAUCAGCGCUCUACAACGACCAGUUCGACAGCAAAACGCUGACCGAUGCCGCCAACCUGCUCGCUAUCGAGCCCCUGGGCCACGGUGCCACCAGCUGUGCGGUCGACCACUUUACCUACUGGGACUCGGCCAUCAUGGCACUGCAGGUCAUGGAUAAGCUGGGCGUGUCAAAGGCCUUUGCGCUGGGGACCAGCCAGGGAGGCUGGGUCGUCGUGCGCAUGGCUCUGCUGGCUCCGGACCGGAUCCUCGGCCUCUUCACCCUCGGCACCUCGAUGGACAGCGAGUCCGAAGAGUCACGUGCCAAGGGCGCAUGGAAUCCUCAUGCGCAGCUCGGCAGCUUUUACGAAAAGUGGUGCUCGCUCGAGCCCACACCCGAUUUUGUCAUCGACGACGUCUGGUGCGGCGCCGUCGGCUCACUCGGCUUCGGCACCGCGGUCUCGCCAGAGACUAUUCAGUUCUGGGUCCGCACUGUCAAGUCUGUCUACGUCGGCGACGAGGGCCGCCGCAAGGUCAAGGGCGCCCUGCUCAACCUGAUGGAGCGCGACAGUCUGCUGUUGCGGCUGAGGGACAUCCGCUGCCCCGUAUACUGGCUGCAAGGAACCGACGAUGUCGUCUACGGCGUGCAGAUCCCCAAGGACCAGAUCGAGUUGUUCACCGGCGCAAAGGAAAAGAAGGUCCGGUACCUGGAGCAGGGAGGACACUACCUGAAUGCUACGAACCCCAAAGAGGUGGAGGAGGAGAUCCUGGAGAUGAUUAACAAGUACAAUUAG